AUGUCUGAAACAUCAUUUAUGCACUUGAUUAGGCCUAGUGUUGCUGCGCCAGCUGGAGCCUCCUCGAAUGGGCCAGCCAACGUCAAGAUUCAAACAUCGGCUUUAUUUCAAAUUUUAGAGAUUGUCUCCAAGCAAACCUUGGCUAGUAAUAAGAGGGUGAUUGGGACUUUACUAGGCUCCAGAUCCGAUGACGGCUCCAUAAUUGAAGUUAAGGAUGCAUUCAUGGUUCCAUGUAACGAAACCGGAGAUUCUAUUGCUAUUGAUGAUCAUACCCAUAAGACUUUUUUACAAUUAUAUAAAAAAGCCCAUUCUAAAGAAAGUGUAUUGGGAUGGUUUGGUAGUAGCGCACAAAUAGAUGGUACUACUGGAUUAAUUCAUGAUUUUUACUCAAAAGGCGCUGAUAGAGCUUAUCCAUUCCCAGCUAUUUAUUUAAAUGUUGAUUACCUUGAUCAAUCAAAUAAGAUAACUAUACCAAAAUUGACCACUUAUAUUGGUGCUGCCGUUGGUAAGCCAAACACCAAUCCACAAAGAAUCGGAUGGAAAGUUCAAAGUACCAUUAACUCUUAUAUUUUCACUCCAAUUCCAAAUGAAGUUGUUAGUGGAACUAUUUCAGAAAAAUUAACUUUAAAUUUCAUUAACGAUCCAAAUCAUAUCCGUCAAAACAAUACCAUUUCUUUACAAAAUGAAAAUGAUGAAAACUUAACCCAUUUAUCAAAGGAAAUCAAAUCAGUUAGUUCUAAUAUCGAUCAAUUAUUAACCUACAUAAAUAAUGGAGCCACCAAAAAUGAUAGUGAUGCUAAUAUCGAGUUAUUGAGACACUUGUCUAAUAACUUAUUGGCCAAACCUCAAGUCUUGACCGAUGUUGAAACUUUAAAGAGCCAUUUCCGUAAUCAUAACCAAGACGUCAUUAUGAUUGAAUACUUAACCAAAGCCGUUAAGGAACAAAUCGAAUUGAGUGCAAGAUUAUCUGCCGAAGCUGAAAAAAGAUGA